UAAAACAGACUUAAUAUUGACUUGCCAUAAUAGACGACGAGGACAAUUGCCACUGAAAAAUUGUAAGGUUUACGAGUACUAGAAGUUUUUAUGAACAAAAAUAUUAUAUCUUUAAGGUGAUAGUAAUUAGAAACAGGUAAAAUGGCAUCACGAUUUAGUGGGGCGUUGCAAAUUACCGACUUGGAUGACUUUAUUACACCAUCUCAAGAAUGCAUCAAGCCUAUUCAAAUUCAAAAAUCCAAAAGCAAAACUGGAGCUAAGAUUAAAAUUCAGGAAGACGGUGCUUAUGUGGAAUUAAAUGAGAGGGGUGCUUCUCAAAAAUUGGAAAAGGUUGAAAUUACUUUAGCUGAUUGUCUGGCUUGUUCAGGCUGCAUUACUUCAGCAGAAAGUGUUCUUGUUUCACAACAAAGUCAAGAAGAAUUAUUGAGAGUGUUUGAAGAAAAGAAAACUAAAGAACAGAAUGGUCAGUCAGAGGAUUGCAAAUACAUAGUAGUGAGUUUAUCAGUUCAGCCAGUAUUAUCAUUGGCUGAAAGGUAUGAUUUAGAACCAGAGGAAGCAGCACUUAAAUUAGCUGGAUAUUUCCAACAAUUGGGUGCUGAUAUUGUUCUGGAAAUGACAAUAGCAGAUGAUUUUGCACUUAUACAAUCUGCCAAAGAAUUUGUUGAAAGAUACAAAUCUGCUGAAGAUGGUGUGAAAAACCAAUUGCCCAUGUUAGCCUCGUCAUGUCCUGGCUGGGUAUGUUAUGCUGAGAAAACACAUGGCAACUUUAUAUUGCCAUACAUAAGUGUUACUAAAUCCCCGCAGCAGAUUAUGGGAUCAUUGGUUAAGUAUCAUUUAGCAGAAUCGAAGGGACUUUCACCAGAACAAGUAUAUCAUGUUACACUGAUGCCUUGUUAUGACAAGAAACUUGAAGCAUCUAGAGAAGAUUUUUACAAUGAUCUGAGGCAAACACGAGAUGUUGAUUGCGUAAUAACAUCAAUUGAAGUGGAACAAAUGUUGAGUAGCCAAGGAACAUCAUUGGGUGAAUUGGAGAUAGGCGUAAUCGAAAAACCUUUUGGCUCAUACACUGAGCAAUCUGAUAAAUAUUUAUUGGGACAUCAUGGUUCGGGUUCUGGUGGCUAUGCAGAUUUUAUUUUUCACUACGCCGCACAGCAUCUCUUUCAAGAACCCAAUGCAAAAUUGGAAUUUCGAAAUCUAAGAAAUCCCGACUUUCAGGAAGCAAUAUUUGAGAAAGAUGGAAAAAUCCUAUUGAGAUUCGCAAUUGCUAAUGGCUUCCGGAACAUUCAAAAUCUUGUACAAAAACUUAAGAGGGGAAAGAGUGUCUAUCAUUAUGUAGAAGUAAUGGCAUGCCCAUCUGGCUGUUUGAAUGGAGGAGCCCAAAUUAGACCACAAGACGGAUCUCAGUCACGAGAAUUAGCACAGAGAUUGGAGAUGAAAUACCAUAAACUUCCUAAAAGUAAAUCAGAAGAAAAUUCUGCUGUGACAAAUUUAUAUAAGGUGUGGCUUGGUGGUGAGCAUACUGAUAAAUCUAUUGCGUACCUUCAAACUCAGUAUCAUGAGAUUGAAAAAAUGAACACUGCGCUAGCUAUUAAGUGGUGACAAAAAGUUGGUGAUGUAAAUAUUAUAAGAUUGUUAUGAAGUACAAGUGAUAUUUAAAUUGCAGAAAAGUGUGAGUGAACAGAAUAUAUUACUGUAUUAUUUCCGCUUUAGAAAAAUAUGAAAAUCUACUGUUUUAUGCUAAAAUAACAUACAUUUAUUACAAUAAUAAAAUACAUCUAUCAAUUACACUGUAAUAUCUAUAACUGUUCCAGUAACAGUUGUAUAGAUGUCUGGUUAUUGAACACAUCAGUUUAAUAGAGAACUUACAAUGUAAUAAAAGUUAUUUGUUUUAGCUUUAUCAUCAAAUCAUGACCUGCAGAUGAUAUAAUUUUUGGAAUGAAGUGAUUAAUGUACAUAAGAUGUUUAGAUGUAUCACUGCAAAUUGUAAUCAGAUUAUGGAUUGAUAGAUUAAUGUAGGUUUCAUGUUAUAAAAACUUCAGUUCUCAAAGAAA